CAAUUCACUUUUAUUCCAAAAAAAAAAAAAAUCCUUAUACCUCGCCCCGACCUCCUCUGACGGACUUCAAGAAAGUGAUUCGGAUAGAUGGGUCGGUCUCGAGCAGUGUCCCAUUAUGCUGAUGAUGAUCACAACCAAAACAGAUCCAAGAGAAAAAGGACCAUUUCCAGCUUAGAGAACAUAGAGACUGCAUCUACAGGUCAACCAUUUAGUGAAGGAAAAGGAGCAUUAUACCACUGUAAUUAUUGCAACAAAGAUAUCUCUGGGUUUGUUCGCAUUAAGUGUGCUUUGUGUUCCGAUUUUGACCUUUGCAUAGAGUGCUUUUCUGUCGGUGCUGAAAUUACUCCUCAUAAAAGCAAUCAUCCGUACAGAGUUAUGGACAAUUUGUCUUUCCCACUUAUAUGUCCAGACUGGAAUGCAGAUGAAGAGAUUUUACUUCUAGAGGGCAUUGAGAUGUACGGAUUUGGGAACUGGGCUGAAGUUGCAGAACAUGUUGGAACUAAGAGCAAGUCACAAUGUAUUGACCAUUAUAAUGCCAUAUAUUUGAGCUCUCCUUGCUUCCCUCUCCCGGACCUGUCUCAUGUAAUGGGAAAGAGCAGAGAAGAGCUCCUUGCUAUGGCGAAAGGGCAUGGUGAAGUCAAGAAAGAACUUACAACUGUUGGUGAGGUUACCAUGAAUGAAGAGUCUUCCUUCUCUCCUAGAGUGAAAUCUGAGACAUUGAAAAAAGAAGAUCCAGCUCAUCAGUCCUCAUCUAGCUUGACUAUCGAGGCAGGCUCCCAUAUGCAUUCAAGCAGUAGUAACACCUUCUCAAGUACAGUUAAGAAGGCCUUAAACAUACCCCAAAUUAAGGACAGCAUAAAAGCAGAAGAACCUCUGUCGGACAGGAGCAUUGGAGAGAAAAAACCUAGAGUUGCAGGGGAUGAGAAGCCUUCUAUGACAGAAUUGAGUGGCUAUAAUUUCAAAAGGCAGGAAUUUGAAGUUGAAUAUGAUAAUGAUGCAGAGCAGUUACUGGCAGAUAUGGAGUUCAAGGACACUGACACUGAUGCUGAGCGUGAAUUGAAACUGAGAGUGCUGCGUAUUUACUCCAAAAGGCUAGACGAGAGGAAACGCCGGAAGGACUUCAUAGUGGAAAGAAAUUUGCUAUACCUUGAUCCUUUUGAGAAGGAUCUCUCACCUGAAGAGAAGGAAAUAUAUCAGCGUUUUAAGGUCUUUAUGCGGUUUCAUUCUAAAGAAGAUCAUGAGGAGUUGCUGAAGAGUAUUAUCGAGGAACACCGAAUUGUCAAAAGAAUACAAGACCUUCAGGAAGCGCUAGCUGCUGGUUUUCAUACCUCUGCUGAGGCAAAUAAAUUUCUUGAACAGAAGAGGAGGAAAGAAGCUGAAGAAAAUGCCCAGAGAGUGAAAAGCAGUAGCCAGGCAGGUCCAAGUGGAAAAGUAUUGCAAAGACCAAAUAGUCUGAAGGGUGAAGUUGAUGUCAGCCCUUGUGGAGUUGUAAGGGGAUCCAUGGCUUUGCAGCCUUUUGGCAACGUUUCUCCCUCAACUAUGGCAAGCUCCUUAGAUGACUGGGACAUCUCUGGUUUCGUAGGCGCCAGUUUACUCUCUGAAACUGAAAAACAGCUUUGCGGUGAGAUAAGAAUACUACCCUCACACUACUUAAAGAUGUUGGAGAUCUUAUCAGUGGAGGUAAUGAAGGGCAACAUUAGCAAGAAAUCAGAUGCCCAUGACUUAUUCAAGGUUGAAGCAAGUAAAGUGGACAGAGUAUAUGAUAUGCUAGUGAAAAAGGGUAUUGCCAAAGCAUGAUUAGAAGUGUGUGAUGUACAGUAGAGUAGAGUAGAGUACAGAGUUAAAUUUUAUUUUCUUAUUGGAAAGGAAAGAGGCUAUAGCUAUAGCUAGCUAUAGCGUAUGAUCACUUAUUAGUCAGUAAGCAAUGUUUCAGAUUCUCUUUCUUCAAAACAAUAGGGGUGCGGUUGUCUUUGAUUGGGCCCCAGACCUAUGGCUACGUUUUUCAA